GAUUGGCUCUGGGGGAAGCGGGAGGCGAGAACAAUGGCCCCCUCCCCCCGUUAAAAGGAAGAGGCGCCCGGGCCCGGAGACAGGGACGCGCGUGCGGGGCGCAGAGCCGGUCCAGCCGCCGCGGGCGCUACGCGAGUCCCGAAACCGCCGCGUGCAGGCGAUGGGCUGGGAGCACUGAGGACCGCCGGGACCGAGCACGGAGGUGGGACUCAGCCAGUGCGUUGCCCUUGCACCACGCCAACAUGCCCCGCGGGUUCCUGGUGAAACGCAGCAAGAAGUCCACGCCCGUGUCCUACCGGAUCCGGGGAGGCGAGGACGGUGACCGCGAGCUGCUGCUGUCACCCGGCUGCGGGGGCGCCCGCGCCGAGCCCCCGGUGCCAAGCCCCGGGCCACUGCCGCCACCUCCUCCGCCGGCACUCGCGGAGCGCGCCCAUGCAGCGCUCGCCGCCGCACUUGCCUGCGCACCGGGCCCGCCGCCACCCCCUCCGGGCCCGCGGGCCACGCACUUCGGCAACCCAGAGGCUGCUCACCCCGCACCUCUCUACAGCCCCACGCGGCCGGUGAGCCGCGAGCACGAGAAGCACAAGUACUUCGAGCGCAGCUUCAACCUCGGCUCGCCGGUGUCAGCCGAGUCCUUCCCUACGCCCGCCGCGCUGCUCGCAGGGGGAGGCGGCGGCGCCAACGGCGCAGGCGGCGGCGGCACCUGCGGCGGAGACGCGCUACUCUUCGCACCCGCUGAGCUCAAAAUGGGUACCGCGUUCUCCGCCGGCGCCGAGGCGGCCCGGGGUCCCGGGCCUGGUCCCCCACUGUCCCCCGCAGCUGCCCUGCGGCCCCCGGGCAAGCGGCCCGCGCCCCCGGGCACACUCGCUGCAGAGCCACCUGCCAAGGCAGCCAAGGCCCCGAGCGCCAAAAAGCCCAAGGCCAUCCGCAAGCUGCACUUCGAGGAUGAGGUGACCACGUCGCCGGUGCUGGGGCUCAAGAUCAAGGAGGGCCCGGUAGAGGCGCCCCGGGGCCGCGCCGGGGGCACAACCCGGCCGCUGGGCGAGUUCAUCUGCCAGCUGUGCAAGGAGGAGUACGCCGACCCGUUCGCGCUGGCGCAGCACAAGUGCUCGCGCAUCGUGCGCGUGGAGUACCGCUGCCCCGAGUGCGCCAAGGUCUUCAGCUGCCCGGCCAACCUGGCCUCACACCGCCGCUGGCACAAACCGCGGCCGGCGCCUGCCGCGACCCGUGCGCCGGAGCCGGAAGCCGCCACCAGGGCCGAGGCGCGCGACUCUGCGGGCGGCGGCAGCGAUCGGGACACGCCGAGCCCCGGCGGCGUAUCCGAGUCAGGCUCCGAGGACGGGCUCUACGAGUGCCACCACUGCGCCAAGAAGUUCCGUCGCCAGGCCUAUCUGCGCAAGCACCUGCUGGCACAUCACCAGGCGCUGCAGGCCAAAGGCGCGCCGCCGCCACCGCCGCCUCCCGCCGAGGACAUACUAGCUUUCUACGCGGGGUCCGACGAAAAGGCGCCCCAGGAGGCUGUGGGCGACGGCCUGGGCCUGAGUGCGGCCGCCGAGUGCCACCUGUGCCCAGUGUGCGGGGAGACCUUCCCCAGCAAGGGCGCCCAGGAGCGCCACCUGCGCCUGCUGCACGCUGCCCAGGUGUUCCCCUGCAAGUACUGCCCGGCCACCUUCUACAGCUCCCCGGGUCUUACGCGGCACAUCAACAAGUGCCACCCGUCUGAGAAUAGACAGGUGAUCCUCCUUCAGGUGCCCGUGCGCCCAGCCUGCUAGAGUGCGCCCUCGGUCCCGGCCCCCAGAACUGUGCCUUCACUUGGAGACCCACAAAGAGAGCGCGGCCCCAUUUCUGUGCUGGGGUGCCCCC